CUCUGCCUCCCCAGCGGGCAAGGUCCAGGGAGCAGGGCCCUGGUCCCCUCCUCCCGUGCCCCUUCGCAGCCGAGCUGAGUGGGUUUCAAAGGCUGCUGGUCAGCAAAGGGAUGGGGGGGAAGUGCCUGCAACAUGCGUCGAGAAGGGGGCUCUGCUGUUGCCAAAAUAAUCGGCAGUAAUGUGAAAAAAAUGCAAAAGUUUGCUUCCACAGUAAAAAUGUGGGUCUUUGAAGAAAAUGUUAAUGGAAGAAAACUGACAGAUAUAAUAAAUAAUGAACAUGAAAAUGUAAAAUAUCUACCUGGAUACAAGCUGCCAGAAAAUGUGGUUGCUAUCCCCAACCUUAAUGAAGCUGUGCAAGAUGCAGACAUGUUGGUCUUUGUCAUUCCGCAUCAGUUCAUUCAUAAGAUCUGUGAUGAGAUCAGAGGGAGGGUACCCAGGCGAGCUGUUGGUAUAACUCUUAUCAAGGGGAUAGAUGAAGGCCCUGAGGGACUCAAGCUGAUUUCCGAUAUUAUUCGAGAGAAAAUGGGAAUAGACAUCAGUGUGCUGAUGGGAGCUAACAUUGCCAAUGAGGUAGCAGCAGAGAAGUUUUGUGAAACCACAAUAGGCAGUAAAAUUCUGGAAAAUGGCCUUCUCUUCAAAGAACUCCUGCAGACCCCAAAUUUCAGAAUAACUGUAGUGGGUGAUGCAGACACAGUUGAGCUUUGUGGUGCUCUUAAGAACAUAGUGGCGGUAGGAGCUGGAUUUUGUGACGGGCUUCACUGUGGCGAUAAUACCAAAGCUGCUGUUAUUCGACUUGGCCUAAUGGAGAUGAUUGCAUUUGCAAAAAUUUUUUGCAAGGGGCAGGUAUCUACAGCUACUUUUCUGGAGAGUUGUGGAGUGGCUGACCUGAUUACCACAUGUUACGGAGGCCGUAACCGAAGAGUGGCUGAAGCAUUUGUUAAAUCGGGGAAGUCCAUUGAAGAAUUGGAACAGGAGAUGCUUAACGGUCAGAAACUCCAAGGACCACUGACUUCUGCAGAGGUGUUUCGCAUCCUCAAGCAGAAAGGGUUAGUGAAAAAGUUUCCACUGUUCACAGCUGUUUAUCAAAUCUGCUAUGAAGGAAGACCUGUCCAAGAGAUGAUAUCUUGCCUUCAGAGUCAUCCAGAGCAUAUUUAAAAUUAAUUGUGCAAUUUUACAAGUGCAGCUUCUGCCUUUCCAAUUCUUACUUGGGUUCAAGUGGAUUAACACUAAGCUCCAUAAGAAACUGCUCACUAGACAACCAUAGCAACGUGAUUGAGAAUGAAUUGCUAUAGUUUUUUCAACCUAGUUUGAUAGACUUGUGCAGUGUUGGAUUGGUGACUGCCAUUUUACUGCCUAAAAUGCAGAUGUUUUAAGAUAUAUGAUACAAAACUUGCACUAUAUAUAAGUAUGCAUUUGUGAAUGUUCGUACAGUACAAGACACAAAUGAUAUUUAAUCAUUUCUCCAUCUCCAGUUUUCUUCUAAGGACUUCAUCAAAUACCCACUAGAGAUAGUGGAGAAAAUCCCAUUGGCUUUGAGUCAAAUCUUCCUGUAGUAGCUUGCUUUUCCAGAACUUUUUUAUUCUGUAGUGUAUAUAGAACCAGUUUUCAGUUUGCAGGUGUGCAUGUUUUUUGCUGGCAUUAAUUUAAGCAAUAUUAAUAGCAAGCAAGUGAUAAUACCUAUUCAUGGAGGGAGGGAAGAGAUUGGCAUUUUAAUUAACUUUCUUCAUUUAGUGAUGUCAUGGUACGUAGACGGUCACAAAUUGUCAGACUAGUUAAAACCUAUUUUUAAAGUGGAUUUAAUCCUUUAAGUGUAGUAUUUUAAAGGGGACAUUAUCUGCCCUCAGUUUUUAUUCCUCUUUCUUCACAUUUUGUAUUCCUACAUUUCUCUUGCUGUUCAUACAUAUUAAGCUAUUUUAGAAUUCCAUUAGAAAGGAAAAGCGACAGGUUUUUUAGCAGAACAUGCUCCAGUAUGGGGCUCUGUGGUUCGUCCAUAUACUGUACUGUGUUUUUAUAUAUUUGGGGUUGUUUUGGAGGGGGAGGGGGCAUUCUCGUGGCACCUACUGCUCAGAGCUGCCAUGCUGCUGUUUUCCCUUAACCGUCAGCUACCAAGAGCUGUACUUCAUACCACACAUCAAGGAAUUCCCAGUAGUUCCUGUUUGUAUUGGCAAAUGAAUUGUAUUUCUUUCUGCUAACUGCAUUUCAGUGCCUAAAAUGACAGGGUCCACUGGUCUCUGUGGACUUGAUCUAACUUCCAGUCAAGUAAAUAAAACAUGUUUCUUGUUCUUUAACUUAAAAGACUUUUGGUGGGGGUUGGACCAAGCCUUGUCUGACCAAUCAGCCUGACUGCUUCUCACAGGUCAUGCCAUCUCUCUCUUUCCCUAGUAUCUUAAGAAAGGAAGGGCCAAAAAUGGUUAACCAGAAGGUUAAUUUGACCUCUCAGUGGAGAGAGGUGUGUUGCAAAACGAUCUGGGUACCCCUGAAAUAUCUUUUAAAAGAAGAUUCUGAUGGAUGAAGAGGUAGAUAAAUGGAUCUUUCUAGCCCAUGAUUAUAUUUAUUUAAAUGUAGUCUUAAUGGACACACCACGGGCUAGGCUUAUCAAGAGAGAAACUUUCACUGGGGCCUGGGAAAUAAAAUCAGCUUAGAAACUGCUGGAGUUAACAUUGCACCAUUUUGAGAAGUAUCUGGCUAGUUUGAAUACACACGCCUAGUCCUCAGGCAUAUUUGGGGACUGAUUGCAUUGUUUACAGACCAGAAAGUUUUCAGCAUGAAGUUUUAAGAUGUCAUUCAGUAAGACAAAGUGGAUGCCUAAGAAUAAUUGUCAUCCUCUCUUAAAGUGCAUUAUGUAGCCUGGAUGUUUAUGACUCUGGAAGAAGAGAGCAUUAAGGCAGCUUUGUUUAAACAGAAAGAUAUUUCAUCACAGGGGUGACAUUUUAUGUACUCUUAUUGCACUGUAUUGCUCUACAUUAUUUUUUUAGCAGAUCAUGUGAAUGUCUUGGAAAAUAUUCAGGGCUAUAAAGGCUCAUUUUGUUGUGGUUUUUUGCCUUCUCUUUCUCUGCACUUAGCACUGGGGCAGGAAUCGCUGAUCAAACAGAUCUGAGAGAGAUUAUUAUUCCUGCUCAAGACUAUGUAAAGGGCAUUUUAAGAUUGAAAUAACUGACAUAACGCACAAAUGAAGCAUUCACUCCUCGCUAUAUCAUAACUCACAGUGGGUCUCCUUAUAGUAAAGUACUUUGUUAUAAAUGCCACACUGGGGGCUUUGCCUUUAUAUAUUUUUUUUUAACAUUCAUUAUGUAGAAAACUAAAAUUUUAUAAAAUACAUAAAGGGCUAUAUAAGCUAAAUGUGAAUUAAUUAAUUAUAUAUAUAUAUAUAUAUUAUAAGUUGAUUUCCUUUAUUCUUAUACUCAUUUCUCGAAUUUUUUUUUUAAAUUAGGAUUUGGAUUUUUUAAUACAAGCUCAUCCAAUGACAGCCAGCAGAAGGUUUGUUUGUUGAAUCAUUUUCUUAAAUCUACAAUUCCACUCCCUUUUUCUUAUAUUUCCCCCAAUAAAAUGCUUCCUGCAAUUAAUGAAUUUAUCUUGUUUUCAUUUCUGUAGGAAGUUAUUCCAGCAUUUGUAUUUGCAUUUUAGAGCUUGAAAACUUUUGGCUUGACACUUUUUUCAUUAAUACUUAUUAGUGAAGAUAUGACUGUGAUAUGUCUACCAGGACUCAAAAUUAUGGCCUGACUCUGUGAACACUAUACCUACUCUUAUGCAUAGUUGUGCCAUACAAGACACUAUGCCCAAUAAUAAGGAUAUUUUUUGUUUUCUUAUGUAUUUCAGAUCAGGUCCUAAAUUUAACUGUCUUGACUAAUUUAUGAAUAAUAAUUGCUAAGGGAAUUGCAUUCCAUUUUCUACUAGUACCUACCAAACUAGCCCUUUACACGUGUACUGUAUUUGUGUAAGGAUUGCAAACAGAUGCCUAUUUGAAAGCUUAGUACAAUAAACUUUUUAUCUUGGAGUGA